AGAUUUCGGACAGAGAAGCAAAGACGACACAAAACACAUCCAGAUUUCCCUCUCAUCUUUCUUCUCUCCAUUCAUCUCUCUCUCUCUCUCUCUCUCUCGAUUUCUUCAAUAAAACCCUAAUUUUCAGAUAUAUCCUGCAUUCAUCUUCAUCACAGAUUUCAUCUUCCAGUCGUCUCUUUCUCUCUCUCUCUCUACCUCUCUCUCUUCAUCGCAAUGUUGGAGUAAAGCAUCAGCUCUGGCGAAGAUCUGCAUCCGAUCGCUGCUGAUAGAUGACCGUGGAUCUGAUCAGAACUCAAUCGCUCCGUUUUCCACGGUCCGAUCGUCUCAGUCUUGGACAUCCUCAUGUAAUGAUCCCUGCCUUUUUUGUUCGGGACCAGGAAAUCGGAAGGGAUUUUGGGGAAUUUAAUGCGGGCGUGAAUUGCAUGGGGAGAGGAUGCCAGAGUUGCGUAGUGGGGCCCGGCAAGCUCGGUUGAAAUCUAAGCGUCUUGAUGAUCUUCAGCAGCCUUCGCCGCAACAGCACCCGUUUGAUCAAGCGGAGAAUUGGGUUCUGCCUACUCAGAACCGGACUGGAAGGAGAGGUGGGGCUGGAAGAGGAAAGGGUGCCAAUGCUGUGGCCAUAGCGAAAGGGCCUUCUGCUAGUCCGGCUAGGCCGAGUGCUAGAGGGAGGGGGAUUAGGCUGAUAGACUUGGACCUAGAGCAGCCUUGUGGGGUCCUGCCUGAAGCUGCCCUUGGUGGGGCCCAAGACCAGGGUCUGAUCCGGACGGAGGCUGUCGCUGGCAAGGAAUUGGUGAUGGAGGGAGGGAGUGCUGAUAAAUUGAUGGGGGCUGAAGAAGAAGCGGGCGUGGCUCCUGUUCCUGACAAGGUGCAAGUAGGUAAUUCCCCUGUAUAUAAAAUAGAGAGGAAGCUGGGUAAAGGUGGUUUCGGUCAGGUUUAUGUUGGCAGAAGGGUAAGUGGUGGCACAGAGCGAACUGGACCAGAUGCCUUGGAGGUGGCACUGAAAUUUGAGCACCGUAGCAGUAAAGGUUGCAAUUAUGGUCCUCCUUACGAGUGGCAAGUCUACAAUACUCUCAAUGGAUGUUAUGGAUUACCAUGGGUUCAUCACAAAGGUCGGCAAGGAGAUUACUACAUCUUGGUCAUGGACAUGCUUGGGCCCAGUCUUUGGGAUGUCUGGAAUUCUGUAGGCCAGGCGAUGUCACCAAGUAUGGCGGCUUGCAUUGCUGUGGAGUCUAUAUCGAUUCUUGAGAAGCUUCACUUGAAAGGGUUUGUGCAUGGAGAUGUGAAGCCGGAGAAUUUUUUACUUGGUCAACCUGGAACUGCUGAUGAGAAGAAGCUAUUUCUUAUUGAUCUUGGCUUGGCAUCUAGAUGGAAGGACUCGACAUCAGGUCAGCAUGUUGACUAUGACCAAAGGCCCGACAUCUUCAGGGGAACAAUAAGAUAUGCAAGUGUUCAUGCACAUUUAGGUCGGACAGGAAGUAGAAGGGAUGAUCUUGAGUCAUUGGCUUACACAUUGAUAUUUCUUAUCAGAGGAAGGUUGCCCUGGCAAGGCUAUCAGGGAGACAACAAGAGUUUUCUUGUCUGUAAGAAAAAAAUGGCUACUUCUCCAGAGUUGCUCUGUUGUUUCUGCCCGCCUCCAUUCAAACAGUUUCUUGAGAUUGUGACAAAUAUGAAAUUUGAUGAAGAGCCAAAUUAUUCCAAGCUCAUUUCCCUCUUUGAAAGCCUGAUCGAGCCAUGCACACCCUUGAGACCGAUCAGAAUCGACGGGGCUUUGAAGGUUGGACAAAAACGAGGAAGGUUGCUUGUAAAUCUGGAGGAAGAUGAGCAACCUAAGAAGAAAAUCCGGUUAGGAAGUCCAGCAACCCAGUGGAUUUCCGUUUACAAUGCACGCCGGCCCAUGAAGCAGAGAUACCAUUAUAAUGUAGCAGAUUUAAGGCUUUCCCAACAUGUAGAUAAGGGAAAUGAAGAUGGUUUACACAUCAGUUGUGUGGCUUCUUCUACAAAUCUUUGGGCCCUCAUCAUGGAUGCAGGAACAGGUUUCUCUUCUCAGGUUUAUGAACUGUCAGCUGUCUUCUUACAUAAGGACUGGAUUAUGGAACAAUGGGAAAAGAAUUACUACAUCAGUGCAAUAGCUGGUGCAGCCAAUGGGAGUUCGUUGGUUGUUAUGUCCAAAGGGACACCUUACACACAACAGUCCUACAAGGUGAGUGAAUCAUUUCCUUUCAAGUGGAUAAAUAAGAAAUGGAAAGAAGGUUUCCACGUUACGUCCAUGACUACGGCAGGCAAUCGGUGGGGUGUGGUAAUGUCAAGAAACUCUGGGUAUUCUGACCAGGUUGUGGAGCUAGAUUUUCUUUAUCCAAGUGAAGGAAUACACCGGCGAUGGGAAAACGGUUACAGGAUAACCUCCACUGCUGCCACUCCAGACCAAGCUGCCUUCAUAUUAAGCUUACCAAAACGUAAAAUGAUGGAUGAAACACAGGAAACUCUCCGUACCACUGCUUUUCCAAGCACCCAUGUAAAGGAAAAAUGGUCCAAAAAUCUCUACAUUGCUUCAAUUUGCUAUGGCCGGACUGUUUGUUGAUGCUCGGCAAGGUGUAUUCUCAGUGAUUAGCAAAAGCAAGAAAAGAAUCAGAAGGUAUUCAAUUUUUGAAAGCUGAGGGGGCAUCUUGUCAUUGGAUUCUUUUUGUGCAUUGCAUGUGUAAGUUUUGUCUCCUGGAGUUUGAUUGACUUUACCCUGAUGUGAAUGAAAGAAAUCCGGGCUUCUCAUAUAGCAUAUCCUUCUCCAUCCAUGUAAAAAGAUCGCUGAGUCCAUGUUCUAGGCAAAACUCAUUUGGUGGAGAUAGUGAUUUGUUCAGAAACCCCGUAUAAAUAGUCUUUUGGCUAGCAAAAGCCAAAGCAUACCUCCUACUUUUCAAAGUGCUUAUAUUAGUAAAAUAAAUCUGCAAUUAAUUUCC